UUGGCGAUAAAUAAUGUCGCGGAUAAUUUAAUUUAAUAAUUUUGGCAUAUGAGUUGUCCUCAAGUUUAGCCUUAUACGUUACCUAAUUGCCAAAUCCUUUCCAAUCUUGUUUCCGCAAUCAAUCAAGAGAGAAUUUUUUUCCCUUUGCUUUUCUUCUAGGGAUUCUCUUAUCUCUCUUCUCUUCUCAACCCUUUUGCAUAAUCAUCAACAUGGCUAAGAGUUCCUUCAAAUUGGAACACCCCCUUGAGAGGAGACAGGCUGAAGCUGCUCGCAUAAGGGAGAAGUAUCCCGAUAGAAUUCCAGUUAUUGUUGAAAGGGCUGAGAAGAGUGAUGUUCCAGACAUUGAUAAAAAAAAGUAUCUGGUUCCUGCUGAUCUAACUGUAGGCCAGUUCGUGUAUGUGGUGCGGAAGAGAAUCAAAUUGAGUCCUGAGAAGGCCAUCUUCAUUUUUGUGAAGAACAUUUUACCACCAACUGCUGGUAUGAUGUCUGCAAUCUAUGAGGAAAACAAGGAUGAAGAUGGAUUCCUGUAUAUGACUUACAGCGGGGAGAACACUUUUGGGAUGUUAAUGUGAAAUGUUCACAAGGAGCAAUCAUGUAAAUAGAACAUAAAAAUAUCCUAUGUGAAAUAGUUAAGCUUUGCUGUGACAAGUUAUUGGGAAGUUUAUGAUCUGAUCCAUGACAAUCCUUAUCUGAUCUGCAACUACUUGAAAAUGACCUUUAUGUUUGUAUUCAAAUUGCAAAUAGACGAGGUUUAUAUUAUUUAUUUCAUUAGACA